CGGGCGAGCGGGGCCGGGCGGCGGCGGCGCUGCGGUUGCGCCAUCUGUCAGGAGCCCUGGUGGGAGGGGAGCGCCCGAGCCGCGCUCACCCGGGCGGAGCGGAACGGAGCGGAGGCAAGGCGGCGGCGGCAGCAGCAGCGGCAGAGCGGAGAGCCCGUGCGAGCUCAUCCCUGCUCGGGCUGCGGCUCUUCCGCCGCACGAAGCCGCCGCCUCCGCGCCCGGCCGGGGCUCGGCGCAGCGCGUCUGCCCGCGGGGAGAGGCAGCGGCGCCCGGAGCGGCGCCCCUCGCUGCGGCCGGGAGCAGCGGGCGGAGGAGCGGAGCGAGGAGGAUGUGAGUGCGGCGGCGCCGCCCCGGCCCCGCGCUGCGCUGAGCUGAGCCGAGCCGAGCCUCAGGGCAUGUUUUCAAGCCAUUUUUGAGGAAAUGUGGUGAAUGUAAACUUUUUCUGUUUGGGGGGAAUUUCUGCUGAGGCUCACGUUAGCCCUUUUGGCCACAGCCUUGCGUGGGGAAUUCAUGUCAAGCUGAUUGCCUCCCAGGAUCCCCGGACUCACAUUCAGUCUCUGCUUUGGAGGAUAGAGUCCUCUCUCUCCCUCUCAUCCUGAUUUUAGAUAAUGGGCUGUGUGCAAUGUAAGGAUAAAGAAGCAACAAAACUGACUGACGAGAGGGAUGGCAGUUUAACUCAAAGCUCAGGCUACCGCUAUGGGACAGAUCCCACUCCACAGCACUAUCCUAGCUUUGGUGUGACUUCAAUCCCAAACUACAACAACUUCCAUGCCACAGGAGGCCAAGGACUGACUGUGUUUGGUGGAGUCAAUUCCUCCUCUCAUACAGGGACGCUGCGUACAAGAGGAGGAACAGGUGUAACUCUUUUUGUGGCGCUUUAUGACUAUGAAGCAAGAACAGAAGAUGAUUUGAGUUUUCACAAAGGAGAAAAAUUUCAAAUACUUAAUAGCUCGGAAGGAGACUGGUGGGAGGCCCGGUCCUUGACAACAGGCGAAACUGGUUACAUUCCCAGUAAUUAUGUGGCUCCAGUCGAUUCCAUCCAAGCAGAGGAGUGGUACUUUGGCAAACUUGGCCGAAAAGACGCCGAGAGGCAGCUGUUGUCAUUUGGAAACCCCAGAGGUACCUUCCUGAUCCGGGAAAGUGAAACUACCAAAGGUGCCUAUUCCCUGUCUAUUCGAGACUGGGAUGAUAUGAAAGGAGAUCAUGUCAAACAUUAUAAGAUCCGUAAACUUGACAAUGGUGGAUAUUAUAUCACAACUCGGGCACAAUUUGAAACUCUUCAGCAGCUGGUUCAGCAUUAUUCAGAGAGAGCUGCAGGUCUUUGCUGCCGCUUAGUAGUCCCCUGUCAUAAAGGAAUGCCAAGGCUUACUGAUCUGUCUGUCAAAACCAAAGAUGUCUGGGAAAUUCCACGAGAAUCCCUACAGUUGAUCAAGAGACUGGGAAAUGGGCAGUUUGGGGAAGUAUGGAUGGGUACGUGGAACGGAAAUACUAAAGUGGCUAUCAAGACCCUGAAGCCUGGGACUAUGUCUCCAGAAUCCUUCUUAGAGGAAGCCCAAAUCAUGAAGAAGCUAAAACACGACAAAUUGGUCCAACUUUAUGCUGUGGUAUCUGAAGAACCUAUCUAUAUUGUCACGGAGUACAUGAGCAAAGGGAGUUUGCUAGAUUUCUUAAAAGAUGGAGAAGGAAGAGCUUUGAAGUUACCGAAUUUGGUGGACAUGGCAGCCCAGGUGGCUGCAGGAAUGGCAUACAUCGAGCGAAUGAAUUACAUACACAGAGACCUGCGAUCUGCAAAUAUUCUGGUGGGGAAUGGCCUAAUAUGCAAAAUUGCUGACUUUGGAUUGGCAAGACUGAUUGAAGACAACGAAUAUACGGCCAGACAAGGUGCCAAGUUCCCCAUUAAAUGGACUGCUCCAGAAGCGGCAUUGUAUGGAAGGUUCACAAUAAAGUCAGAUGUGUGGUCUUUUGGGAUCCUACUGACAGAGCUGGUAACAAAAGGGAGAGUGCCAUACCCAGGCAUGAAUAACCGUGAAGUCUUGGAGCAAGUAGAACGUGGUUAUCGGAUGCCAUGUCCUCAGGACUGUCCCAUCUCCUUGCACGAGCUUAUGAUCCACUGCUGGAAAAAAGACCCAGAGGAGCGUCCAACCUUCGAAUAUUUGCAGGGUUUCCUUGAAGACUACUUCACUGCAACAGAACCCCAGUACCAGCCUGGUGACAACCUGUAAAUCUCUGGUCUCCAGACACUGUCAUGAAUUGCCAGGUGUUUCUCAGCCCUGCCCCACCUGCCCUUCAGCUUCCAACUCCAUGAACGGCUUCUCCAGAGUGCAGCACUUCCAGCACUGCCGUGCACAGGAGGGGCUGAAGCUGGGAACUUCCAUAGCCCUUGCCUAUGACCACUUGUCCUAAUAAUCUGAAUGUCCUGGAUGAAAAGGAGAAAAACACUUGUUUUUUUCUUAAUCAAAGACUCCAAAACUGCAUUGUAUUGAUGUUAUGUAAACUGCAAAACCUCUGUUCAUUGUAAAUAGUAACUCAGUGCCAAUAACUGAUCCUAGUGCUUUCCUUUUUUUAAAACGCAAAACCUAUGUGAUUUUAACUAGUCUUCUCCUGAUUCAACUAAAAGUAUUAUUUUCCAGAAGUGGCCUCUUUGUCUAAAACAUUUUUUUCCAUGUUUUAACAAAUAAAUAAAUAAAAAAUCAGGACAGGUGUUUGGUUUUUUGCUUUUUUAUAUGUAAAAUAUAUAUAAUAUAUAUACAUACCUGUACAUACAGUAUAUGGGUGCUAUUGCAGAGGAAACUCAUUUGGAACUGAAUGAAUCCUGCUGCAGCAGUACCCAGAAAGCGAUAAUUUUACUGCAGACAUGAAAACACUGGUGGGAUUCUGAAAGCCAGUGAUCUAAUUUUUGGCUUUUGCCAAGCAUGAUUUUUUUAAAUUGGAUUGCACUUUUUGUUUAUGAUUAUGUACCUGUAGAUGGUUGUAACUUUGCUCUUUCAGGAAUCAUGUGCUGUAUUUACAGUAAUGUUUCCAAUGUUUGACAAGUGUGUGAUGAUUUGUUCUUGAAAUUAAAACGAACAUAUUUAAAGCAAGAAAACUACACCAUCAUUGUUUGAACUGGAAAAUUGAAACUGCAAGGACUUCUUGUAUCAAAACAUGUAUACUGAAAUGUUUCAAAAAGAUUUAUUAAGCAGUGUAACCACAUUCAGAUGGUCUUAAAAUCAUAGCAUUUUAGCCACGUCCACCUGCUAAAUUCUUGGUCAUGCAACUAGGAUUUUUCUGUUCUAUGUGUAACAUUUUUCCAUUGUAAAAUAAGUGUGUUAAAUGUCCUGUACUGCUAAUGAAAUUACUUUCUCUAUGUCUGCAAGUUCUCCAGUGGAAUGACUAUGCACUUCUUUACAUUUCAUGGGGGAUGCACAGAACAAAGUAUUACCUUUUCAGUUGUCUGUACCAGCCUUGAAUUACUUACGUUUAACCAAAAAAAAAAAAAAAAUUCCUUUCUAUUUCUAUUGAGUUUUUAAUACUGAGUUGCAAAUUUUAAAGUCUUAAUUACAUUUUGUUAUGGUUUAUUUGCAAGUUUACAUUUUAAAACUGUUUAACUUUCUUAAUUUAGUAAUUAAAAAAAAGAGCAUUUUA